GUUGAAUGUGAAAAUGUCUCUUCUUUGAGUAUUUUUUUCUUCCUCAUGUUGGUGUUGUGAAAAAUAUAACAUCAAAACUAUCUCCAUGAUAUAUUACAAACUGUUGGCAGAGAAGAACAAAGAUAUCCUACACGUGAAUUCUCAGGCUUAACAACAAACUUAAUUACCUAUCAAAAGAAAAAAAAAGUUUCGAUCGUGUGACCUGACAAUUGCAAAUCAAGACAAAUGGCGACUAUGCAUUUCCUCUUUUUGUGUAACUGAUACACAAAAUAAUAUACAGAUCCAAAGUUUUGAGACCGCAUUAAUGCGUUUCCUUAGUCCAACAAUUAAAGCACGUUCGUCGUUGUUCUUAGUCUGGUAAUUAUGGUAAUGAUUUUCAGCAAAUAGGAAACGCAAAGCAUAUUAUAUAUAUAUUUUUUCAGACAGAACCCAUCUUUCAUUCAAGCUUUCGGGGAUUAAAAAAAUUGUCGUAAUUUCAGAUUGGCAUUGUUUCAUCCUUUUGCUAUUACCUUGUGAGUUCAUUUUACACAAAUACAUACUAUGCAUAUUGAUUAUGCGCAUAUCAGCCUUUAGUUGUUUGUUUCAUUUUCAAUUCUCUUUUUUUACUUCGUUUAUGUUUGUCCGUUAGUCGUGUGAGUGUAGCACACGGUGCUUUUAUCUAUUAUAUUCAGAGCAUUUUGUUUUUACACUUAGUACGUUGCAUGGCAAUGAAUGCGCUCCUUGAUACCAAACUCACUUUCCCCACUCUUGUCAAAAGUAGCCAACUGUGUAGAUCAAAGCAAAUUAUGGUCUUGCGAAUCUCUAAGGAAAGCCACGAGAGUUUUUUUUUGUACGGAGCCUUGUAACGUUACCAUUUUGAGCAUAAGGAAAUUGACAAUUGUCCAAUUCAUCCGUGAAAUAUUCAUUCAGGACUAGAGAUGAUGGUAGCUCGUACAGACAUGAUGUAAACUGCGGUGAACAACAUUGAUGAAUCUGAGAUAGGAAAUGGACAAUCAGAAAAAGCGGUAGCAUGAUAGUCCUUUGGAUGUACACCAUAGAAGACAAUGGAUACAGUUUAUAUGGUAAACCGAGUGUGUUUGAUAAUGGCAGUUCAGUUACUUCUGGCUGAUGUGGGUAGUGCAAACAACACAUCGAGUACAGAAGUGGAAGAUGGUGACUACCUAGGUUGCUAUCCUCAAACCUGCUUUGACAUACAUGCGCUAUAUCAUCUAAACCUCACAAAGGUAACACCGGAUUCGUGUACAGCAACAUGCAAAACAAGUGGAUAUCGGGUAGCUACAGUAUACAACAGAACAGAAUGCUCUUGCUCGUGUGAACUGCCGUGUAUUGGUAAAAUCAUGGACCCCGUUUUCAGCACUAAAUGUGGCUUACCAUGCAGAGGUGAUGGAUUGAGAUUCUGUGGUGGUUAUCUCGGAGCGUCUGUAUAUGAAGUUAAAUCUGGAAACGCAUCAAAAAGCAACUGCACGCAGACCAAGCCUAAUGGUAGUGGUACGGAUGAAUCUGAAGGAUCAACGGAAUCUUGGUUAUGGUCAUGGGGACAUUUAAGACCCUAUGUUGUUGGCGGUGCGAGUUUAUUUCUAGUAUUACUCAUCAUAAUCAUCUUUGCUUGUUUGAGAAACCGGGAUCGUCGGUUGGUCUACUCGCCCCGCAAUCAUUCACGAAGAUGGCGUGCCGAUGCAUCGUCACGAGAAAAUAAAGAGCGCCCUCCCACUGACCCACAGACAAGCAGGGAUCAACCACAACCUCCUCUCCGAAACCUCGGUAGCGGUCAACAACCAUCUGAGGUAGAUUCGAUACGAACUCCGAUCCGAAACACUAAGGAAGAAGACACAAGCGACGGUAUUCUGGUUCCAGAAUCCGAUUUCUAUAAUGUCAUUACCGAGGAAGGUGAUGUGCUCGUGCCAGAAUCCAAAUUCUACCAUGUCCUAAACAAGGAAGAUGACUGCGAAACAUGCAGCCAAGAACCUUCAAUGGCUAAUGAAAAUGCCUACGCAUACGCUGAUUGCCGAGCCUACACCGACAGUUUCACGCGCUCGGCUGCUUUCAUUCGCACACAGGCUGAUAGCAUGCCUCGGUGCCCAGAGGGUUCUGAAGAGAUCGAACAUGAAAUGAUCAAUAACGAACUUUAUGCAAUCUCUAAGAAAUAAAGCAAACCAAAAUUUUUCAUGAUACAUUACAAUCAAAAUGCAAAGCGAAACUGUUCGAAAACAAUCUGCCGGACCUCACAUUUUCAAAACUAUUUUUUCCAAUAAAUUUACGCUUGCAAACAGAAUAUUGAAAAGUUGACCAUGAUCAUACCAGCUAGCGAUCACUUUAUUUUGUUUACAUGCGAAUUAACGUACGUGUUCGAAGUUCCCCACUCCCUCAGAUCUUACUUUGUUUGCAUACGAUUUAGGAUCCACAACGCUAUUUCUUAACUUAUGAAGAGCGGCAUCGUUUUUAAGACUGGGUUUUAUAUCCAAAUGGUGGGGAUAGUUUAUCGGGACAAAUUUGGUUUAGAAGAAUAUAUUGCACUAUGGGAGAAAUUAAACUUCUGGGGAAGAUCUAAAGUAGACCCCUUGCGCAAGCAAACUGUUCUUUAUUUCUGUCUCUCUCUUUAUAAGUGUGAGAAAUCAUACUUGUACAACAGCUUUGGUAACUCUGGUAUUCAAUCUGUUGUGAAACAAAUGAAUGAAGAGAACAAUGGUAGGCGUAGCUUAAAUAUAGGUUCCUCAGAGCUAUCUGCCCUUUGGACAAAUUGGUGAUGCCGAUAAAAUGUCCCAGCGGGGAAUCAAACCCGGGCUCCAAGCUUUGAACGCCUUUGCCUUAACCACUAGACCACAGAGACGAGUUAAUGGCUUGGGCGAUCCCGAUCCGAUUGACCAUCAGAUGAAUAGACUUUGGACACCACCAAUUAAAUGUACUUUGUCGGGUGUAGGUGAGUUCUUAACAAUGAAAAGCCCCCAUUUCUCAGCUGGAUCAAAGCUAUUGCUUGCAUACAAUACGUGCAUGGGACAAAUUUUUGGAAUUUUUGAUCCAUACAAUUCGACUCAUAUACUAGGAAGGUCGGAGUACGUGAUCUAACUCUGUCCAGUUGGGAAUUAUUCCGAACUUUCCUCCGACCUUACUCCGCCCAAAAUAGCAUAAGUCUGAACGAGGCUUCUUAUCCAAUUAUCUGUGUUUAUUAUCAAUCAACUUCACUGGCUUGCAUUACCUCAAACAACCCUUAUGUUUGCAUCCUUCCGAGACAAAAAUGGAACUGAUUUACAUGUAUAAUUGGAGCGUUGUGGCCCAGUGGAUAAGUCUUCGGACUUUGAAACAGAGGGUCGUGGGUUCG